UCUCUCGGAUGGAUAGCAGCAGGUUGAGAAUCUCGUGAUACUUUCGGCGUGGAUAUGGAUUGUCUCUGAGGGAAUGUCGUUCAUGGAUACGGAUCGCUUCCACCGGGCCGCCCGGGACGGAUACUUGGAUUUAUUGCAAGAGGCGAAUAGGAAGGAGCUAAACUCGAGGGAUGAAGACGGCAUGACCCCUGCCAUGUGGGCCGCCUACUAUGGACACCUAGACGCACUCAGGCUCAUUGUAGGAAGAGGGGGUGAUCCGGACAAGUGCGACUUCUACGGCAACACGUGCCUCCACUGUGCGGCGGGCAACGGCCACAUCGACUGCGUCUCCUUUCUGGUCAACUUCGGUGUCAACCUGUGGGCGCUGGACAACGACUUUCACACGGCCAAAGACGUCGCCGUCCUCAACCAGAAGCACGACGUUCUGCGGCUGCUGGACCAAGCCCAAUCAAAGCAUGCGCUGGUCAACAAGAAGUUGGUGCAGCGGCUCAAAGAAAAGAGCGUGUACGAUGCCGAAAAGAGAAUAAAGCAGUACCGAAAACUGCAGACGAAGGCAGCCAAGAGGGCCGAGAAGGAAGAGAAGGAGAGGGCAUCAGCAAGGAAAGAGGUCAGAUUCAUCAAUGCCCCAAAAUUUUCUGAUAUAGUCAAUUCUGGAGAGAAAAAAGAGCAGAGAGCAACCUCCACAGACCGACGCAGGAAGAACGUAGCCUUCAGACCGGGAGAUAUCUUGAAGCGAGAUAGUGACCCAGACUCACAAACCCUAACAACGCGCUCCGAUUCGGCCAAAGAGAGCGACGACUGCACCUCCUCACCAGAGAGACCCGCGUCCGACAAUCAGUCCAGUGAUGAUGCAAAUAGUGAUGUACUGCAGACAGCCGAUUCAGGAAUAGGCGACGAACUCCAUGAUGGCCAUGUCAGUAUCUUUGACAGACCUGGUUUUGGAACAGUCUCCUUCAGGAAUUCCGUCGUCCACCUGACUGGGAUGGAUAACCACCCUGGCAGAGACGGUAACCGUAACUUGAUUACAGAGUUGCAGUGCAGAAACCUGAAGAACACCAUCAAUGAUAGUAUCGGAAGCGCCAGCAGUUUGGUAAGGCGACACAUCACAUGGGAGGACGAAGAAGAUGACGAAGACAGCGAAGAAGAUGAUGAGCUGUCCAACGAUGAGGAAGAGAGCGACGGUAUGGAAGAGCCACUGUCCUUGCUGCUGGCCGCCGUUGGCCUGAGCGAGUACCUUCCUCUUUUCCAGUCAGAGCAAAUUGACCUCGAAGCUCUGUCUUUGCUAUCCGAGGAAGACCUUAAAGCACUCGGAAUGCCGCUAGGUCCAAGAAGGAAGCUCGGCAGGGCUGUUCAGGAGAGAAUAAAGAUCAUGCAGGAUCCUGGCGCUGUGCAGGAUAGUCCGCUGUAGCAUUCGUAUAUAAGUAAUGGAAAUUCAAGCUGCAGAAGAUAUUACAGUUCAUGGUCUAGUAGCAAAUCGGUCUGAAAUAACUGAAACUGAAUACUGAUGGUUGAGUUGAAGAACUAUUUUCAACUUAACAUAGAAUUCAAAUUAAAGAGCCUCAAAAAUGGCUUUAGUGGUAUAAACUUCUAGAAAAUGAAAUUUUAUAUUAAAUACCAAAGUCAUGUUGAUAAUAGCUAUUGUCACAUAAGACAUAGCAUGGGCUUAGAGUUACAGAAUCUUUAAUAGACAUCUUUCAUGUUUAACAUACUAUCUUAUUACAAAGAUUGCAAUACUGAUAAAACACAUCUCUAUCCACACAGAUAAAUUGCCUUUUAAAUAAAUAUAUUAGGAUCUCAUUCAAUGUCAUUUAACUUUGCGUAAUCGAAGGAAACUUUUUUCUGGUUGUAGAAGACAGCACCGGACUGCAUUGUGCGUUUGUCCAGCUAAUUUGAAACGAUGCAAUAAUCGUAAAACACAGAAGUGAAAUGAGGAGCACUAUUGGCUGAAAAAAAGGGUAGUUUCGACAGCACAUCUGCUUCGUCGAGAACUGAUUGUAACGAUAAUUCACUGGAGAAAAAAAAUAGAACUUUCCAUUGAUGUCAUAUUAACAUUCUGGCGAAAGAAUUUUUCUAAACAUAUCUCAGUUUACGAUUCUUUUGGUGUCUUUUCUGAGUUUUUGUGCUCCACAAGAAAUGUAAGCAGUUAUUCUAAAUAAAAACAUAAAACCCAGAAA